AUGGGAGCCAUAAGAACUAUUGCACUUGUGAUCCUUGGGAUAUCUGGGUUUGUUUUCGUGGCGCUAUUUGGGAGACUCCCUGCGUUUCGCAAAACUCCCAUUGGUUGGCUGUAUAGGGCUCUUUGGAUACACAUCCCUAAUGGGCUUCUUUACCUUGACAAUUGGCUACUGAAUGGCUGGCUGUCUCACUGCUGGUCUUGUUCUGGUAGUUACAUUCUGCACGAAAAUCACCCGUUGAUCCUUAUAUUCUUCUCUUCCCUUAUGAUUGCAGGGCAAUGUAUGUUCAUCCCAACUGCUUGGCCUAGGAUCACCACCGUCCACCAUAUAUGGAUUCCGAUCAUUGCCACCAUGCCCUACGUUUUGCUGUAUGCAAGCGUUACCACCAAGUCAUUCAUCACCCCAAAAAAUUACACAGUUGAAAAGGAACGCUAUCCAUACGAUAAGGUCAUAUUCCACCCCGGACAGCGUUGUCGCACAUGUCAUAUUGUCAAGCCGGCACGAAGUAAACACUGCAGCAUCUGCAAAGCUUGCGUUGCACGGCAUGACCAUCACUGUGUUUGGCUCAUGAACUGUGUCGGACUUCACAACUACCACUAUUUUCUCUCCAUGAUCUUGUCACUAUGUCUCAUGCUGAUCUACGGCUCAUGUCUGGGAUACACUCUCCUGUAUCAAACAUACGACAGAUUGAUACCACCGGGCUCACCUUUGCGGACGACUCGGCAAACAUGGACUGGAUUUUGCAACAUAUGGGCUGUAGUUAUCGCUGCCGAUAUUCGCAUUGGUGCUAUUACCUUGCUGAUGACCAUGACAGCCCCAUUGGCGGCAGCCUUUCUGGUGUACCACACCUACUUGAUCUGGGCUGGUAUGACAACCAACGAAAGCUCAAAGUGGUCAGACUGGAAAGAAGAGGUUGCAGAUGGCAUGGCUUACAAAUCUAGCAAGGCCGAAAUCUAUGGCAGCUCACCCUUGUUGGCCGAGUACCAGAGUGCUCAGUCCUUUUGGCCAGUGAGUAGUGAUCAGGUACUCAUACUGACCGAUGGUGAGCCGCCUAAGGAAGGAUGCUUGCUAUCGCGGGAUUCCAAUGAGAUCAAGCAGCCGAGCAACAGGGACGCACCCAUAGACCGGAGGUGGGUUCAGGUGAAAAGUAUGAAGGAGAUUGACAACAUCUAUGAUCUGGGAUUUUGGAACAAUCUGCGUCAUGUUUUGGGUUUAGCCGUUCGACCGAAGGUGGUAUAA